AUGUCCUACGUCCCAGUCCCCAUUUUGGACCUUUAUGGAAAGGUCCAAGACCUCCUCGAAAGAUCAAAGAGAUCAUGGCUUGCAGCGUGCGAGGCAUGGAAUGAGGAGCCGCCAUCCAAGAUUGCGACACCUGCGACUACUACGGAGGCACUGGUACGCACGAAAGGGACCAAGAAGAGGAAAAAGAAGGAGCCCAAGAUAAACAGCUUCUGCCAUCAGCUUGGACCGUUGACCAGUGUUUUUAUCAAACCUCCUGCGAUGGCUGUGAUGAGAGCUCAAAGUGUCACAGGGGUGGUCAGCAAUGGCUCUCGGCUGAUUAUCUGGGCCGAUGCUUCGAAGAAAAAGACCUCUACAGGCCUUGCAGUGGCAUUUCUAACUGGCGCUUACUGGGUACGCAUCUCCGAAAAAGGGCACGCCACUCCUCUAGAAGUUGCAGAACUUGAGGCUGUUUGUCUUGCGCUGGAUUAUGCGGUGCAAGUCACCAAAAUGAAGGAGGAAAACAUCGAUCCCUUACGAUCUGUCGAGGUUUUCACCGACAGUCAGUCUGCCUUGCGCCUCCUAAGAAUGAAUAGACGCAUGGUUACCACUGGACCUCACGGAAAUGCACAGGGCGACAACCCUUACACGAAAAACGGGAUGAGAAAACGAACAGCAGAGAAAGUCUCCGUCAUGAUAGAUGAGCUUUCAAAAGCUGGAGUCAUGGCCGAACUGCACUGGGUUCCGCGAGGCAGAGUCAUGGGCAAUGUCAUCGCUGAUAAAGGGGCAGCGAUGGCAAGAACGGGAUGGACAUCUGUUCACAGCACCGACGUUCUCGUCGAGUUUCUGCCUGUAGAUGAACAGCAACUCGACAGCAAACGCGAUAUGCUUCUGUAG